AUGGAGAACAUCACUAAAUCUGGACCACAACCCUCUACUCAAGAGGAACCUGGAGUGCAAGCCCAAGGCACUAAGAUAUAUCCUCAGCAGCCUCAGGUGGCUCCUACGGGGAAUUGGGGACUUGGGUGUUUAAUCAGAAGGCUAUUAGGAGGGCUUUAUAGGAUAAACUAUAUGUGCAUUACUGCACAUUUCAUUGAUGAUCAGUGGAAGCUGAAUAAGCGAAUCAUAUCUUUUGUUCCUGUUUCAUCUCAUAUGGGGGAAUAUAUAGCCAAAGCCUUAGAGAGUUGCUUGGUUGAGUGGGGAAUUAGGAAUGUUUUUACUGUGACUGUUGACAAUGCCUCUUCCAAUGACACUGCCAUGGGGUUUUUUAAGAGUAAGUUGUUGUCUUGGGGUACCACUUCUGUUAGGAAGGUUAGGGAUACAGUGAUAUGGGUUAGGAACUCACCUGCAAGACUUAAGAAAUUUAGAGAUCUUGCUGAUCUAAUUGGGGUAGAAGCUAAAUCUGCCUUGCAAUUGGAUGUUCCAACCAGAUGGAACAGCACUUACCUUAUGCUAAGCACUGCCAUCCAGUACCAAAAAGUAUUUGAAGCAUAUGAGGAGAAUGAUGCCUCAUUUUGUGCUGAUCUUGCUGAUUCUGUGCCUUCAUACCUUGAUUGGUGUUCUGUGCAAAGCUGGGUUACUUUGCUGAAAUGUUUCUAUGACAUGACUGUGAGAAUUUCUAGUUCUCUUUAUGUCACACCUAACACUUUUUUCAAUGAGAUUUCUGAUCUCAAUUGCAUGUUAGAUGACAUGAUCGCAGCUGAAACAAGUUGUGAAAAGGCAAUGGGGACUCAAAUGAAAAAUAAGUUUGUAAAGUAUUGGGGGGAUCCCGAGAAAAUGAAUUUUUUGAUAUUUUUUGCCAAUAUCUUGGACCCCAGAGAUAAAAUUGAAUAUAUGCCCUACCAAUUUGUCCAAUUGUAUGGUGAAGAAAGAGGAAAAGCUUGUUUUCAAAAGGUGCAAGCUGCAAUGGUUGACUUGUACAAUGAAUAUGCAGCCACUUAUUCUGUGAAUAUGCAAUCUGAAUCUGCCCAACCUGUUGAAUAUGUGAAUAUGCAGCCUAUUAGCCAAUGUCAAACAUUAGUUGGUAGGCCACAAUCUAAGUUGAAAAACCAAUUAAAAAGGCAAAGAAUGGAGAGUGGUGGAAGCAGUAAACAAACUGAGCUUCAGGUUUAUUUGAGUGAAAACAUUAUGGAUGAUAAAGAGGACUUUGAUGUUCUAAGAUGGUGGAAGCUAAAUAGUGAGAGAUUGCCAAUUCUUUCAAAAAUAGCAAGGGAUGUCCUAGCAGUACCAAUAUCUACUGUUGCAUCUGAAAGUGCUUUUAGUACUAGUGGUAGGGUGUUGGAUCCAUUUAGGAGUUCCUUAACUCCUAAGACUGUGGAAGCCUUAGUAUGUACACAAGAUUGUUUAAAGUUCAUAUUUGCAGAGUUGGCAAGUGGAGUUAGGACUGCUGGAACUAGUUCAUCCCUUCCCGCAAUUGCAGUAAUAGUUUUUAUUUCAACUUUCUGCCCAGUUUUGUGA